CUUUCUCUAAAACUUUCGAACCCUAGCUAUUGACUUCAGCAGCUCAGUCACCUUGUCAACCUCAUCGUUCUCCAAGCUGACCUGCGUUGAGUCCCCGCGUGACCUCCUUCUCCAACCUGACGUGCUCCAAGUCCCUGUCCGACCCAAGCCGACUGGAGCCACCUCCGACCUGACCCUGAGUUCUCGACCUCGCUCUCUGACCCCAUGUUCCCCUGCCUCGCUCUCUGACCUCGAGUCCCCGAUCUCUUUCUCCAUACCUCGAGCUUGAGAUCCGAUCUGACCUCGAGCUUAUCAGCGGACCUGAGCUUGUCAUUCUCCAACUUGAGCCAGCUCUAGCUAGUUCUCCAACGUCUAGUCUCAUAGAGGAAGAUCCUAGAUUGAAGGUUUUCAAGAAGGAGUGGUUUGAAGGCAAGGACUGUCUUGACAUUGGCUGCAAUUCUGAGAUCAUCACUAUACAAAUCGGAGUUUACGGUUGUGAUAUUGGGUUUGUGAUCAACAAGGAGAGGGAGACGAAAUUUGAAAUUACGUUGAAGAGAGCAGGAGAGCUACAGGUUUGCAACAUGAGGGAGAGUGGGUGCUUAAGGGUAAGUUUCAUGGAUCAUUUUCUUCUGUAUCUUUUGUUUGAGUGGUUAAGAAUGACUGGAAUUUGGAAGGAUUUUUUUUUUUAAUCUAUCUGAUGAAUAGUGAAAGACUGAAAGACCUGAUUUCAAUACUGAAAGACUGUUCGUUUUUUGUUCCCAAUGGCUGCAGUCACCUCCUCUUCUCUCUUGAGGAACUGUGCAACAACAACUGUGAGAGCUUUUGUGACUGUGAAAGCCUCCAACCCCAAUUUCAGAACUUUCCUUCUUCCUCUUCACUCUCGUAGGUCCCUGUGUCGUGUUAGCGCUACAAACAAUGAAGAGGCUGCUGCCAAGGUAGCUGCAGCAAAUGCUGACAGAGGAGCUCCAACAAUAUUUGACAAGAUCAUAGCAAAGGAAAUCCCAUCGACCAUUGUAUACGAGGAUGAUAAGGUCCUGGCAUUUCGGGAUAUCAACCCACAGGCUCCUGUGCAUGUUGUUAUCAUCCCAAAGAAUAGGGAUGGCUUAACAGAGCUCGGAAAGGCUGAAUCUAGGCAUGUGGAAAUAUUGGGUCAACUUCUAUAUGCUGGAAAAAAAGUUGCUGAGAAAGAAGGUAUUCUCCACGGGUUUCGUGUGGUUAUCAACAAUGGUCCAGAGGGAUGUCAAUCUGUUUAUCAUCUCCACUUGCAUCUCCUUGGUCUGAUUUUUUUUUCCUUGUGGGUAUUAAUACCUGAUUUCAAUACUGAAAGACUGUUCCUUUUUUGUUCCCAAUGGCUGCAGUCACCUCCUCUUCUUUCUUGA